UUCAAAAGCCAGAAGACAGUUCUUCACAAACAAUUCUAACAGUAAGAAGACAUGGAAGUGGCUGAAAUUGAAAACCAGGCACCCAAAAUCUCGUCCCCUUCGAAAAAAAGUUUCAAUAAGUAUGCUGUUUCUUGUGCCAUUCUAGCUUCCACCAAUUCAUUGCUCGUGGGUUAUGAUAUGGGGGUGAUGAGUGGAGCAGUGUUGUAUAUUCAAGACGAUCUGAAAAUCUCACAGUCUCAAAUUCAGGUCGUGGUGGGUUCAUUAAACAUCUGUUCUUUAUUUGGAUCCUUAGCUUCCGGAAAAACCUCAGAUUUUAUAGGCCGGCGAUUCACCAUAGUCCUCGCCGCCGGUACAUUCUUGAUGGGUGCACUUCUAAUGGGUAUGGCUAAUUCAUUCGCUCUUCUCUUGGCCGGAAGAAUCAUAGCCGGAAUCGGCGUCGGCUACUCCCUCAUGAUCGCUCCUGUCUACUCGGCCGAGAUCUCACCGGCGAUGACACGUGGUUUCCUCACAUCUCUUCCGGAGGCAUUUAUCACGAUCGGCAUAUUACUCGGUUACAUAGUUAAUUACGCUUUAUCGGGUUUGCCGGAAAAUUUUAAUUGGAGGCUAAUGGUGGGUAUCGCCGGCAUACCCGCCAUUUGCAUUUCUGCCGGAGUUAUGAUAAUGCCGGAAUCUCCCAGGUGGCUGGUGAUGAAAGGAAGAAUGGCGGAGGCCAAACGGAUUCUAGUGAAAACGUCGGAGAAUGAAGAGGAAGCGAAUGAAAGACUCCGGGAGAUCAUUAAGGCGGCGGAUGAUGCUUUGCCGACGACUAACGCCGGCGAUGGCAGUUCGGAGAGGAAUUUUAGCGGUGAAGGUGUUUGGAAAGAGCUCUUUUUACACCCGACGAAGAAAGUCCGACGGAUGCUCGUCGCUGCGAUCGGUAUCAAUUUCUUUAUGCAAGCGUCGGGAAACGACGCCGUCGUUUACUAUACGCCGGAAGUUUUCAAGUCGGCGGGAAUCGUUAAUCGGAAAGAGUUAGUUGGAGUUACCAUAAUAAUGGGCCUAGCAAAGGCUUUUUUUGUACUGGUAUCAGCUUUAUUCCUAGACCGGUUCGGUCGAAGGCCUCUUUUGUUAUUGGGAACAUUGGGUAUGGCCAUUUCCCUUGCUUGUCUGGGCUUGGGUUCAAAAUUUUUGGAACAUAAGGAUGAUAAGCCUCUUUGGGCUAUAGUUUUAUGCGUGAUUGCAGUAUGUGCAGUGGAGUCGUUUUUCUCAAUUGGGCUUGGGCCUAUUACAUGGGUUUAUUCCUCGGAGAUAUUCCCUUUGCGGUUGCGAGCUCAAGGUUCGAGUCUCGCGAUUUCGGUUAACCGAUUAGUAAGUGGGAUUAUUUCUAUGACGUUUUUGACCAUUUCUAGUAAGAUUACGUUUGGGGGUAUGUUCUUUUUACUCGCGGGUAUAAUGGUAAUUGCGACGGUUUUCUUUUACUAUGUGUUGCCCGAAACUAAAGGGAAGACGUUGGAAGAGAUCGAGGCUCUUUUCGACGAUAAAGAAAACUAG